CUUCUCAUCAAGGAAAUUCCAGCGAUUAUCUUCGCUUUAGCAAUUUCCCGUUUCUAGGCUUUCUAAAAGGUUUCUUCUGAAACUACAAAAAAGGGUCUUCUGUAAGUUACUGUAUUUCUAAGAUAACAAACUCACCCCGCACAAAUAAAAAAAAGGUUCCAUAAUUUUGCGAAAGUCAGCAGAAAAAGGAACAACAAGUGAACCAAGUGCGAGACUCAGUGCAACAGUGCCCUAUUUUCCGUUGCUGUUUCUUUCAGGAGCCAUAAAGGCUUUUAUGGAAAUGGCAAUUGUUAUUGCUAUCCAUCAGGAGGAAUCAGGCAUGGAUCCGACAGAUGUUUGGAUCAAGAAGAAUGAUAAUAUCUUCUUUCAGUUGGCAUCAAGUGCCAUUCGUUAACGGAUGAUCCGUUGGGCCUGAAAUUUUGGCGGUUGACUUUGGUGAGCAUUGUUAGCUUAGUCUAUUUUUAUCAAAUUUUUCUGAUCGUAAUUCAACGAUUUUUGUAACGGACACGGAUGCGUAGUUAACGACUUCCUGCCUCCAAAAGUCGACAAAAGUUGAUGGGUCUCCUGGAGCUGGUGGCCUCAAACAUUGUUCCGCGAAUCGUUCGAUUACUGAGUGACUUUGUGCUGCUAGGAAUCUUCAACUUCUUCAAGAGAAGACUUCAACAAAAUGGCAUUCCUGAGGAUCGUGACGUUGUUGCUGUGGUUGCUGGUCAGUGUGGGUGUGGACUGCGGUCCAGACGACGGUGUCUUCAAGUGUCGGGACGUUUGCGGAGAGGAGGUGCGGGACGCCGGCAGCUACGGACGUUGGGUGACGUUUGUUGGGUCAACGCUGUUGUUGGACUGCGUUCAUCAGGCGGAUCUCAAGGAGGUGAAGCUGGUGUCGCCAAUGGUCUGCGUCGGGCGUCGUGUCGACAUGGAUUGUGUUGUGACGCCGUGGAGGAGGUGCGAGGAGGUUGUGCCCCCCCAACCGGAGAUCUCGACGGCGGCAGUUCGGCCGGUGGUUGACGAGCCUUGCCCUGUGGCGCCGACUGCCAACCUGGCGGUCGUACACGUGCCGGCAAGCAAAACUCCGUACGUGGUUUGGGCGCCGCCCUCAACGCAGCAAAGCAUCGUAGUGGCCCAUGAGGUGCCACAAGUCAUUAAGGCGCCGUUGUCCACGCCCGAAGUGACUGUGAACAUCAAACAUGGUGUUGCCCACGUCGAAGCGUAUGUGGACCCGUUGACCUCUAUGGUCUUGGUUUUCAUGGGCCUUGGAGGGGCUGGGGCUACGUCUUUGGCAGUCUUUUUGGUCUGGCUGGUGAAGUUCAUCAGGAACAAGUCAUCGUACAUGCGGGAACUGGUGCAGAUGCUGACGCCGGAGGAUCAGCAGGAUCCAGAAGCCCAACCAGUGGUGAAUCUGCUGGGGCUGGAAGAGGCGGAUAAACCCGUCGCAGAAGAAAAAGAGGAAGAGUUGGUCCUUGAGGACAAAUAUCCUUUUAAAGAGAUGUUGAACGCGUAGAUAUAAAAUCGCGUCAAAGAAAGAAAGUGCC